UCAGGCAGUGCUGAUCACACGGCCAGAGCGUGGGCUCUAGAGUACGGCGAGUGUACGCGAAUCUAUUGGAGAAAUACCAGUUCUGUCACAACCAUUCAAUAUUACGAUGGCAUAGUCUAUACGGGAGGCAGUGAUUGCACGGCAAGACUUUAUGAUUCCAAUUCUGGUGCUCUUAAACGGACGUGUUUAGGGCAUAUUAAUGCCAUCUCUGCUCUUAAAUUAUAUGCUAGAGAGCUA